CUUUCGGGUUAGCGAUGGCGCUGGUUGGGGUAAGCGGUCGACGGGCCGGGUGCUAUUGCCUGAGAGCGGUCAGGAGGGUCAUCAUUGUGAACAUCAGUUUUUUGCUUGUGGCCCCAGUACUGUGCACUGAAAUUUUCUCUUCCUCUGCCUACUAAACACUGUACCUGGUUGUGCUUGCUGUUUCUGCUCUCCUCCUAGCUGGCUGGUUCAGCUUCCUGGGUCCCCUGCAGGUCCCAGCACUGCAGCUGCACAUAAGCAAAACAGCAAUGGGAGCCUGUCAGAAGGAUUUUGAGAGUGCAGUGAAUCAGGUGAAGCUGUUGAAGAAGGAUCCAGGAAAUGAAGUGAAGCUCAAACUCUAUGCACUCUAUAAGCAGGCCACUGAAGGGGCUUGUAAUACACCUAAACCAGGUCUAUUCGACUUGAUCAAUAAGGCCAAAUGGGAUGCAUGGAAUGCUCUUGGCAAUCUGCCCAAGGAAACUGCUAGGCAGAACUAUGUGGAUUUGGUAUCUGGUUUGAGGUCUUCGUCUGACUCCUCUAGCCAAGUGAAGCCUGAAGCAGACAAGAAACGAGCUGGAUAUGACACGCUGGUGAUCACCUCUGAAGACUGCAUCACAAAGAUCAUGUUGAACCGGCCCGCCAAAAAGAAUGCACUGACCACACAGAUGUAUCGGGAAAUCAUGCUUGCACUUGAAGCUGCAAGCAAGGAUGACUCUACCAUAACUGUUUUUACAGGAAAUGGUGAUUAUUACUCUAGUGGGAAUGAUCUGACUAAUUUCACUGAUAUUCCCCCUGGUGGAAUAGAGGAGAAAGCUAAAAAUAGUGCCAUUUUACUGAGGGAUUUUGUAGACUGUUUCAUAGAUUUUCCUAAGCCUCUGGUUGCAGUGGUCAAUGGUCCAGCUGUAGGAAUAUCCGUCACCAUUCUCGGGCUAUUUGAUCUUGUGUAUGCAUCCGACAGGGCAACAUUUCACACUCCUUUUAGUCACCUUGGCCAAACUCCAGAAGGAUGUUCCUCUUACACUUUUCCGAAGAUAAUGGGCCCAGCCAAGGCAGUAGAGAUGCUCAUUUUUGGGAAGAAGUUAACCGCCGGAGAAGCCUAUGCUCAAGGACUUGUUACUGAAGUUUUUCCUGAUAGCACCUUUCAGAAAGAAGUUUGGACCAGGCUGAAAGCAUAUUCAAAGCUCCCCCAGAAUGCCAUGCAUAUUUCGAAACAGAUCAUCAGAAAUCACGAGAAGGAAAAGCUGCACGCUAUUAAUGCUGAAGAAAGCAGGAUCCUCCAGGAAAGAUGGCUGUCAGACGAAUGCAUGAAUGCAGUCAUGGACUUCUUUUCCCGAAAAGCCAAGCUGUGAUGCUGUUACAGCAGAGUUAUGCAUUUCAAAGGAAGGGAUGUGCUGUCAUCUCUGAUUUCCAGUACUCGGACUAAAUAAACUGUGCCUUUUCUCAGUGCUAACAUAUCAUUUAUGGUUAUCAUAUUUCACUAGAGCCCCGAUGACAAACCAGUUACCGUACCACAAGCUUUAAGAAUUUACAUAGGAUUUGGGUCACAGGGAGUCUUACGUCUUUC